CGGCUACCAUUAACGCGUAUAGCCACUGCUUCAAGGCCGCCCAGAUCUGAACUCUCACAACAACUCCACUUCGUCAUUACCCAGAACUCUCUCUCUCUCUCUUUUCUAAUUCUUUCCUGCAUUCUUGGUUUCGGUUUCGGCUUUGGAUUCUCAAAAGAUAUGGAGUCGGAGCAGCGUUUGAAGCGGAAGAGAGCAUACAGGCCGUACUCCCGAGUUCAGCUUCUGUUUCUAAGGUCGUUCAUAUUGCGUCUUUCUUUCUUCGUUUUCCUCAUGUUCUUGUCUUCCGAGAGGUUCCCAAUCCGAACGGUGUCGUUUCACCCAGUUCUCACCGUCCCGAAUCUGUCAAUCCUGUCCAAAAAUUCCCUCCGAGAUUCUAUUAAUGGUAAACUACGGUUGCCUUUGAGAGUCGAAGACCGGGUUUUGUUCCCCGAUCACUUGCUCUUGCUUGUAUCCGACAAGAUACAUGAAGAUGAUAAGUUAGACUGUGUUUAUCACAAGGCUUUGAAUGACAAGGAUAUUGUUCGACGAAGGGUUUUGUCUGUUGAUGAGUUUGAUGGGUUUCGAUUGGUUGUUAGAUGCCCUAACCCGCCCUGGAAUUACUCGGCUGCUGUGGGUUUGGUGUGGACAGGAGAUGUGGUUGAUGAUUUUGGUUGGUCUUUCAGGAGUAAUCAGACGGUUCAUUCAUAGGAUAAAUUGGUUUAUGAAGCAGCAUUGGAUGGGAAUACGGCACUUGUUUUUGCUAAAGGAUUAAAUCUUCGACCGCAUAAAGAAUCCGAUCCAACUAAGUUCAUGUGCCAGUUUGGUUUGAAGAAGAUGGAUGAUGAAGAAGAUGGCGGGCUUGUGGUAAUGACUGAAGCAAUAUUGGCUGCACAAGAGGUUGUUAGGUGUACAUUGCCGAGGAGUACAAGAAAUAAUCUGGAUUCCACCCAGGGAAUUCGAGUUACCAUCGUACAUGACCCAAUGCCAUCCACAGUUAGAAUUCGUAAUUCCAGAUCCUAUGAGCGUGGGAGGAAUCAAAUAAGGCAUAAAGAGAAUGUAGCUAUGCCUUCUGUGGCUAAACUAUACAAUCCAAUGCCCUACCAAGGGAAAUACGAGCUCUGUGCCUGCACUAUGCUCUGGAACCAGGCACCAGCACUGCGGGAGUGGAUCAUGUACCACGCCUGGCUUGGAGUUGAACGCUGGUUCAUUUAUGACAAUAAUAGUGACGAUGGAAUUCAAGAAGUAAUUGAAGAACUUGAUUUUCAAGACUACAAUGUUAGUCGACAUACCUGGCCAUGGAUUAAAACUCAAGAGGCAGGGUUUUCGCACUGUGCUUUGAGAGCAAGAAAUGAGUGUAAAUGGGUAGGAUUCUUCGACGUCGAUGAGUUCUACUACUUCCCUCACCAUCACAGGAGUGGUUUACAGGGUCAGAACUUACUACGAUCCCUAGUAGCAAAUUACUCGUUAUCAAGUACGAUUGCAGAGAUACGAACAGCUUGUCACAGCUUUGGACCGUCCGGAUUGAGCUCAACACCAUCGAAAGGAGUAACUGUAGGUUACACUUGCCGCCUCCAAAACCCUGAGCGACACAAGUCCAGUCACUACUUCGAGCUGAAAAAGGGAUUCAGGCACCUGAAUGUGCCGGAAAGUUCUAUCAUAAUAAACCACUACAAGUACCAGGUAUGGGAGACCUUUAGAGCAAAGUUCUUCAGAAGGGUAGCAACUUAUGUCGUUGACUGGCAAGAAAACCAAAACCAAGGGUCAAAAGACAGAGCCCCAGGGCUCGAAACCGAGGCCAUUGAACCACCGAAUUGGAGAAAACAGUUCUGUGAAGUCCGGGACACCGGUCUGAGAGACUUUGUCCUUGCAAAUUUAGCUGAUCCUGCCACCGGAAGCUUAACCUGGGAGAAGCCUCUUCUGUAGCAAUACCAAAUAUGUUUGCUUCCAAGCUUGGUGCCAAUGGAAAACAGAGUAACGACAACAACAAAAUACAUUCUUUCUAUUUUUUUUUUUGGCAUUUUUAUCUGACUUUUUCUUUUA